CUAAACCCUGUCCAUAAACCCUAACUGGAGUAAUCCGCAGUACCCACAUACCCACCAAAGUUUCUUCCAAAUUCUCACCGUCCCCAAAGCCUCGACGCCAUGGCCUUCGCUUCCAUGCUUCGAAGAGCUUCUUCUUCUGUUCUUCCUCGCGCGAUCCGUGCCGCCGCUUCUCCGAGAACUUUCCGCACCGCCGUCUCAACCGUUCUCUCCACCGAAAAGCAGAGUCUCGGCCGUGAGAUUGCUCACCGUGGUUUCACUUCUCCUCUCCGAUUCUCCACCGCCGCGGUUGCAAACAAGGAUAAUCUCGUUCGGGUGCUCGAGGCUGAGAUCGAAUGUGCUGAGGAACCAUGCGAUAGCGAAGUCCCAGCUGGUUUCCCUUUUGAAAUAGAAGAUAUUGAUGGUGAGAGGACCAUCACUCUCACAAGGAAGUUUGAGGGCGAAACUAUCAAGGUUGAAGUUGAUAUGCUGAAUGUUGAUGGUGAUGAGGAGGAAGAAGAAGAUAGUGAUAAUAACAAUGCUAAUGAAAACAAUGACAAAUCGACAACUAGCAUCCCUAUGGUUGUCACCAUUUCCAAGGGGAGUCGGCAGGAGCUUGAGUUUGGUAUCACAGCUUUCCCCGAUGAGAUCUCUGUGGAUAGCUUGUCAAUUAAGAACCCAUCAAGCACGGAGGAACAGCUUCCUUAUGAAGGCCCUGAUUUUGGUGACUUGGACGAGAACUUGCAGAAAGCUUUCCUCAAGUAUUUGGAGAUCAGAGGGAUCAAUCCAAAGACAACCAACUUUCUGAUAGACUACAUGGGGAACAAGGACAGCAAAGAGUACGUGAAUUGGCUUGACAACAUCAAGAAGUUUGUGCAAAAGUAGAGAGGGAAAGAGAGCUCUUCCCAGCAAACUGUUUCAAGAGUUAGCUAGUCUAAUGUCUGGUUGAGAGAGAGAGAGAGGGAUAUUUGCUCUCUUUUUUUUUUCUUUUUCUUUUUAAAAGUCAUGUUUUCUCUAGUAGAGGAACAAUCAGUGGUGAAUUGAAACACAGAUUCUCAACUUUCUCCUGCUCGGCUUUCCUAUCGUUAUGUCGGGAGACUUCACUAGAAUUGAUAAUGGGAUCACUAUAUGAGUUAACGUUUUAGCUGUUCGUGAGGGAUUGUUAAACGAUUCAUGAUCUUGAGCUUCCGCUCGGGCCUCGGGGUAAUCAGAUCGCAUUAUUAACUUGGGUAAAUGGGAUUUUGAGCUGUUUUCCUGUACUCUUUUUCUCUCAGUUUUUGUUCCGUGCGACGCCAAGUCCAUAAUUAGAGUGCCGUGGAUAUCUAGGAAUCACGAAGCUGUUGUGUUUUGGAUUACCUUAUAUAACAACGGAUUCAGUGGAUUUCGCAUCGAAACGGCACCUUACUUAUUCGGACUUAUCUAGUCUAAUCUCCAGAUCGUAGAGCGCUUGAAAAAAACCCCAGUUCUUUCGAUAUCUUUCUCUCUGCAUUCUGCAACACACAAUCAUGGGUACAGAGAACAAGCACGGACCCUUGUAUUUUGAUCUGAAUACAGGUGCGAAGAUGCCGGCAGUCGGCCUCGGGACAUGGAAAGCUCCACCCGGUGAAGUCGGCGAAGCUGUCAAAGCCGCGGUCAAGGCUGGUUACAGACACAUUGACUGUGCCCGUGUUUACGAUAAUGAGAAAGAGCUGUGUACUGUCCCAAAAUUUAGUCUCCAGGAACGAAUUUGUCAACUUGAACUGCUAUGUCUACGUUUGGGGGUUUUCAGGUGCAGUGACCAGGCUCCUGAAGAUGUGCCAAAGGCACUAGCAAAGAGCUUACAAGAUCUGCAGCUCGACUACGUUGAUCUGUACCUGAUCCAUUGGCCAUUUCGGACAAAGUCAGGCUCCAAGGGGUGGGAUCCUGAAGUCAUGGCUCCAUUAUGCCUGCCAGAGACCUGGGCAGCCAUGGAAGCUUUGCAGGCUUCUGGUCAGGCUCGUGCGAUUGGUGUUAGCAACUUCUCUACUAAGAAGCUGAAAGACCUCGUGGGUUACGCGAAAGUGCCUCCAGCAGUCAACCAGGUGGAAUGCCAUCCUGUUUGGCAGCAGCCUGCGCUUCAUGAAUUCUGCAAAUCAGCUGGAGUCCAUCUCUCGGCGUAUUCGCCAUUGGGAUCACCGGGUUCAUGGGUUAAGGGAGAGAUCUUGAAAGAGCCCGUCCUAAUUGAAAUUGCAGAGAAGCUGAAGAAAUCCCCAGCGCAAGUUGCAUUGCGUUGGGGGAUCCAGAGUGGUCACAGUGUGCUUCCGAAGAGUGUCAAUGAAUCCAGGCUCAAGGAAAAUAUAAGCUUGUUCGAUUGGUGCAUUCCUCUCGAUCUGUUCUCGAAAUUCUCUGAAGUCCAUCAGGUUUCUAUUCAAAGGCUUCUACGGGGAGAUUUUGCGUUGCACGAGAGCAAAAGUCCAUACAAAACUCUCGAGGAACUAUGGGACGGGGAAAUAUGAAGAAAUAGUGAUAGAGGGCAGCAACGAGCUCAUGCUUAAGGAUAAUGAUAAACGAAAUUCAGGAAUCGUGGUGUUAGUGAUGAGAAGGGAUUGUUUUGUGGGUUUAUUAAUUUUAUGUUAUCAAGUUGUGUUUGUUAAUUGUGGUCAACUUUAGAAGCUCAUGAAAUUGAAAGGUGUUUUAGCACUUCUUUUAUGAACGAAU